AUGACCCAGUGCAAUUCACUCAAGGAAGCCACUCUAAAUGACCCUGCUUGCACUUAUUCUAACGAGUGUCUGUACGCUGCUACCUAUGGCGACAACUCUUUCUCUAGUGGCUACUUGAGUCAGGAUUCAUUGACCCUAACCGAAUCAGAAACAUUGCCUGGUUUUGUGUACCUGUGUGUGCAGGACAAUAAUGGGACGUUCGGUGGGACUGCUGCCCACUCCAUUGAUAAUUUCUGGAUCCGCCCCUGGCUGUCAGCCAAAUAUGGAAAUGUCUUCUCUUAUUGCCUCCCAACAACGAGCGGAGGCAGUGGAGGCUCAUUGUCCAUAGGAAGCGAUUCAUUGACAGGAUCAUCCUACAAGUUCACUCCAAUGCUUACUAAUUCUGUAAAAAACAGUUUGUACUAUCUGAGUUUGUGCGCAAUUGCAGUGGCAGGCAGGACACUGGGAGUGGCGGAGACCAAGUACAGGGUUCCAACAAUCAUAGAUUCUAGGACGGAGAUCACAUGCCUGCCUAUAGGGAGUUUGAAGGAGAUGUCUGAUGUGCCUAAGGUUCGGAUGGUGUUUCAGGGAGAGGCUGACCUCACUCUUGCGCCUCAAAAUAUUUUGGAGGAUGUUGCUGAGAAGGGCAGUACGUGCUUGGCCUUCGCAGGUCGGCCACUGAUGAUAUGGCUAUUAUUGGAAACCAUCCGCUUAGACAUAUAG